UUAUAAAUCCUAGAGCCACUACGACAGAAGCUGCACGUACCUAUGCCACAGUCGGUCGUAAAACUCUUUCCUGGUGGCGGGGUGCUUAGACGCAAGUCAUCGUCAUUGCACCUCUUUAAACAUAAUUCAGCACAAUUCUUUCCGUUUGAUUAGAAUCACCAAAAAGACGAGGAAAAAUGCAACUCAAGACAAUUCAGAAGCUGGAGCUGCCGGCUGCAGCGGACAUGCAUGUCCAUUUGCGCCAGGGCGAGAUGAUGGACGUCGUUGUGCCGACGGUUGAGCAAGGAGGAGUUGAUACGGCCUUUGUCAUGCCAAAUCUUGUGCCCCCUUUGACAACCGUGGACCAAGUUCUCGAAUACCAAGGCAAGCUCCGUGCUGCCGCGCCUAAUGUCCAUUUCCUCAUGUCCCUCUACCUUCACCCAUCAGUUACACCAGAGACCAUCGAAAAGGCAGCAGAGGCAGGAAUCACAGGCGUAAAGCUAUAUCCUCAGGGAGCGACCACCAACUCUGAGCAUGGAGUGGCCAACAUCGAGGCAUUCUAUGACACUUUUGCUAGCAUGGAGAAGCAUGAUAUUGUGCUCAACCUACACGGAGAGGUCCUUGAAGCCUUUGCUCCAGAAGGCACAACGCUGGAAGAGGCUUUCCUUCCCACCCUCAAGCAGCUCCAUGAGAGAUUCCCAAAUCUGCGCAUUGUGCUGGAGCAUUGCACUACGGCUGCGGCAGUGGAAGCAGUCAAGGCCUGCGGACCUAACGUUGGAGCGACUAUUACGGCCCAUCACCUUUACUUGACAGAGGCUGAUGCCUGCUGCGACCCUUUUGCAUUCUGCAAGCCCAUCCCCAAGAAGCCCACUGACAGGGACGCUCUGCUCAAGGCCGUCGUCAGCGGUAACCCGAAAUUUUUCUUUGGAAGUGACAGCGCCCCCCAUCCGCUUACUUCCAAGACUACGGCUGCCGAGGGUAAGGCGCCGGCUGGUGUCUUUACACAGCCAUACGUAGCCCAGCUCGUGCUCCUGGCACUGGAAGAAGGUAUCGAGCGCGGUGUCAUCAGCGAAGAGGAUGUUACUCAGGAGAAGCUCGAGGGAUUCCUCAGCAAGUUUGGAAGACGUUUCUACAAGUUGUCCGAAACCUCUGGGAACAAGAUCGUUUUGGAGAGGAAGGGAGAGAAGAUACGACCUAGCGUUAAGAGCGAUAGUGGAGCUGUAGAAGUUGGCAUCUCGAGAGCAGGCACCGAAGUCUUCAGCCUGACAUGGGUAAAGGCGGCAUGAAAUAUUUAGCAUAUUUGACUUUGUUGUAUGGAUAGGGGGGGCGUUUUCGCUUUAUGCGAAUGUGGUGCUUGAAACUCGGCCGUCUCGGAAGGGUCUGAGUCCGAGAUACAUGGCAUUACGGGAACUAGGGAUUAAACUCUUGACGGCGGUUAGCUCCGAGACGGCUCAUGUUCCGGAGUGGCGUGAUGGAUAUAUCUACCUAGGUAUGCAAGGAUGAGGGACAUUGGGCGACGCGAAGGUAAAUAGAAGAUGUGAUAACGUCAUGUCCAAUUCCGAAAGUCUGUGGAAUGUACUACCCAAAUGAUUCAAGACAAAGGCAUGGUAUUAAUAAAGGUAACAUAUUGGUACAUGUGAUUAGCUCACUCAACCGUUG